AUGGAGUCAUCCAAGAAUUUUGUUGGUGGAGAGACAGUUCUGGUGAAAUCUGAGGUAGGAGAGGAAGCAGCAAAGUCUGUGGAAGGAAAAUUGACCUCAGAACAAGAUCAAGAAGGGAAAAAAUCUGAACUUGGUGAAUUUGGCGAUGGGAAUUCUGGAAAAGGAGUUGGAGUGAAGAUUGAACAAAAAGCUGGAGGAGGAGUGAUCAAGUACGAUUCUAACUUCAUUACUGUCUUUCUAGCCUUUCCAGCUGUGCUUAAGAUCUUUGAAUGUAUGGUUUACUCAUCCCUUGAAACAGAUUAUUUCAUCCCUUGA